GUCUCCAUAACAACUUCGUUGGCAACAAGAGGCUUGCUCCAUUCACCAGACGACAUACUGACUGUUAGCAUGUAGCUAAGUGCUUCCUUGGUUAAUAUUUUCGAAAUGACUUCUAUUAGUACUUAUAUUCAUUUAAACAUAAUUAUUUUUUGUCUGUUUGGUCAAGUGUCUGGCGUUUUUACCGAGCGACGUAAGAAAAAAGCUUCAAGUUAACUGUCAAAGCUAACAUGAAUUAACAAGCUAGCUAAAUUAGCUACACCUGGCGACUUCAGCGCAUCAUGUCUCUGUUGACGAAAUGAAUUCCCGCCGCUGGUUUCGUUCACUUCACAUAUUAUCGUCUUGUGUGGAUGUUUGGCCCACGGAGCCACAGACUCGGACUCACUUCCACCGUCAGUUCCAUCCCAAACUAAUGGGGAACCUUCCAGCCCAGCUACCCCUGCUCCGGGCGGGAUGGAGAACCCGAACCUCCACGGAGGAAGUUACUCUGGAUCCCACAAUGAACUCCAUUAGAGGAAGUUACUCCUGAAUCCAACAGUGAAUGCCACUGAGGAUUUUACAUGAAUUCCACUGUGAACUCCACGGUGACCCCGACGCUGUCAGUGUCUGAAGAGCCCACUGUGGACACGGAGGCUCCCUCUGCAACCACCGUCCAGCCUACCGUGACUCCACAGGCUUGUCUUUGUGAUUUGACGCCUGGUUUUUGUGACAUUGGCUGCUGUUGUGACACAGUUGAUUGCAAUGUUGCUAAUUUGAGUACUGUCUUCACUGGAUGUCCUCAAAAAGCCAUAUCAGGAGUUUGCAUUGAGAAUGGCUUCAUGUUCAGAGCAACUGACUCGUCUCUUAUCACUGUGACGGACUCUUUGUUUUGUGUUGAUGAUGUCAUCCAGACAUAUUCUCCAACUCCCUCUGUGCGGGGUCUCCUCCGUCAGCCGUCUCAGGGAGCUGCAGCUGCAUUCUGUAUCAACCGCAACCCUGCAAAGUUCUUGAGAUCUGUGUCUCUGUCUUGUGCCCGUAAAGUGACUCCUCAGUCAUGCACCACAGAUCCAAUUCUGAGUGCCCGCUCCUACUUCUCUGACCUGAGUCUGAUCAAGAUUCCCGUAGGGGAGUUGGAGCCAGUGUCAAUUUUCUGGCUUCACAAAAAGGUGGAGUUUGUCAUAGGCUACACCGGCAGAGGUGAACUCACAAUGGCAACAGUGAAUAUCGCCUUGGCUGAUGUGGAUCCCAGUCAGACGUUGUUGCAGAUGCACUCUGUUCAAUUUCAGGGGACUCUGGAUUCACCGAGCCCGACUCCAGGAGGUCUAACAUCCGCAGUCGGUCUUCUAGCAGGAUCUCCCUCAUCGGGUCGUUUCAAUGACAAGGAAGCCUUGAGUCAGUUGACAUCACUGGGGGUGUCACAAGGUGGGGAGUGUUCCUCUGAUCCAAACAGACGAGCACCAAUCCUCUUUACAUACAACACCAUCGCUGGCUGCAUAUUCAGUUCUGCAGCUCGAGACUGCUCAGAGCUGCGGUCACAGAUUUAUGGGAUCUUACAGGGACUCGCGACUCCAGAUGUGAUCGCCAUGAACUCAGGCUCCCAGCCACAGUGGACGAGAGUCAUCACUCAGGAGUGCCCUGUCAGCCUGCAGGAAACAUGUGAGUCAGGCUGCAUCCUCCCCCACUCUGUCUCUAUCCAGGUGCUGUGGGCUCAACAGGGUCUACUUGACCUCCCCCAGAGUUACAUCCUGGGAGCUAAAUACCAUUUCCAGUGUCAAAAUGUCCAGUGUCCUUUGUCGUCCUCUCUUGCUCUGACCGCCACAGUUAUGUUUGCUGACACUACAGUUUACCCAGCCCCCAGGAGUCUGCCUCAACCUCACUGGAAGUUUCCAUUUGGCUUCUUCACUAGAGGCGCUGCGGAGCUGGAUGGGCAUGUUGUGAUUAACGGCAGCGACACUGACAAGGUCACAUGGAGUUUAAUGCUGUUCACAGUCAUGCUGCUAACAGGAUUAGAAUUCUUCAUUAAGUAGCAGAAGAGGUAGCAGUGAGCAAUGAGGAAUUGUUUUAGGACUUGCUUAUCUGAGGAAAAGUUUUAUAUGAAUGAACUGAAAUUUAUGUACCAAGUUUAUAUUUGUCGCACUUUUUUACAAUCUAAAAAGUCAUUGAAUUUGAGCAGAGCACAUCAUCAUCCUAAAAUACCUUAAUUUAUUCUUUUGUUCAUUUUAAAUAAAUACAAACAUUUUUACAA